GCGGUCAAUCUAAGCUUCACUUAACGGAUGAUGUGGCGUGACAAUCAAGGAACUGACUUAUGACUUUAUUUUCGUUGAGAAUUUGGAGAACAACCCUGGUGGUUGCAAGGAACACUGAAACAAGCAGAGGCUUUGGUGUGUUUACAGCCAUGCUGCGUAAAGAGGAUGUUGCUUCCAUGAGAAGAAACUAUGAAAUGCCCGAUGGCUUCGAUGAAUCUCAUCUUGUGGCAAAGGAACCUUUUAUGCAAUUCGAUGCGUGGUUCAGAGAAGCUUCCAAAAGUCCUAAUAUCGGAGAGGCAAAUGCCAUGAUUCUAUCCACAUGCGGAAGGGACUGUCGUCCUACAGCAAGAGUGGUGUUGUUAAAAGGCUAUGAUAACACAGGAUUCACUUUCUUCACUAAUUAUAACAGCUCAAAAGCAGGACAAUUGAAAGAAAACCCUUAUGCUUCAUUAUUAUUUUAUUGGGACCCUUUGCACCGACAGGUGAGAGUAGAAGGGAGAGUGGAAAAACUGUCGCAAAAAGAGAGUGAGGAGUAUUUUCAUUCUCGUCCUCGUUCAAGUCAGAUAGGAGCCAUUGUCAGUAAUCAGAGCUCAGUUAUUGCAAGUAGAAAGGUUUUGGAAGUAAAGGAGAAGGAACUUAAAGAGCAAUAUGCUGAUGAACAAAAAGUGAUUCCAAAACCAGAUAAUUGGGGUGGUUUUAAAGUAAUUCCAGAUAAAGUUGAAUUCUGGCAAGGGCAAUCCAGUAGACUCCAUGACAGGAUUGUUUUCCGUAAACAAGAAGCAGAUGAAGUUCUUGCUGAAAAUGUAACAAAGAAAGGAGACAAUGGAUGGGUCUAUGAGAGACUUUCACCUUAAGGGCCACGGCAAGAUAAAAUUAAUAUUGUAACAGUUAUAGAUAUUAUAAGACUUACACGUACAAUGUUAUAGUUGAAAAAACUAAAAUUUGCUAUGUUUUAAUUGACUCUGUAAGCUUUUUGUGGAAUGUAUAUUUUUUCCUUUGUAUUAAAAUGUGCAAUAUAACUAAGGUACCUUAGCCCCUUCCUAAUAAAUGUAAGGAGAUUCUGUCUAACAGUUGUAGGAAUUGCUACUAUUGGUCGGAGUGAUAUCACUAUAUCUAUACAGAAGAAGCCGUCUAGAUAAUUUUAAAAGAACACUUUUCGUGGAUUACUCUUCUCAGUAUUAAUGUGGUCAUAUGAGCAUGUAUUAUUUAUAUAUUUGUUGUUAGUGUUCGUUCUCUUUCCCUCUCUUAUAUGUGUAUAGCUUUUAUGUUACUGUAGGAAAACAAUUAAAUUUAUUGUGAAGGGCAUCUUUUUAGCUUUUAUUAAAUUAUUGUGCCCUUCUCCAUUUACUUUAUCUAGUUUGUAAUUAUUCAAAAUGUUGUAAUUGUUGGAACAGAGGAAAUUAAAACUACAGCACAAUACAACCAAGUUACUUAGUUGUGUGAUGGCCUGUGUUACUUGUUACUGACAGAGGUACAUUUUCACAUGAACUGUCAUUUAUUAGUUGUAAUCUUCAUGGCUUACUGAGUAACUCCAAGACAUGGUUUCUACAGUACCUCUCAAAAUCAAGUUGGCACCCCUUGCUAGACAAGCAUCUUGUCCCAAGAGGCGAGAACCUUGACUAAAGGUGUCACAGCCUUGGCUCGUGAUAAGGUAAUUGACUAUCAGAUUCUAGAAUUGAUAAACAUGCAACUUCGUCCUCUGAUUCCAAAAUGUUACCUUGCAAAUAGGUUAUGAGAAUAGAGAAGCUUAGCAGGCAGAGAAUAUUUUCUAGAUGUAACACCAAAUUCUCCUCAGUAAUUUCCAAGAAAAUGUAUAGUAGUCUGCAGGGAGAAUUACUGAUUCUAUAUCUUGGGAGUUGAAGGGCAGUAAAACUGAACAGUUAUCCCCUACCCCAAUGUAGAAAAUUUUCUUAGCUCUCUUAUCAUGUGGGUUAAACUGUGUAUUAAAGUUGUGACAAGGAGUGAUUAGAAUGAGGAAGAGAAGGUAAUAUUUAAAACAAUUUUGUAAAUACUUUUAAGAUAAAAUAUCAAUAAAAAGUGUUGUAAUGGUUUAAUGUUUGCCAUUUGCAAUUUACAUUCAAAUCUAUUGUAAUAUAAUGUAAUACAAGGUAAAUU